AUGCAAUGCCCGAUCCCGAUCAGCAAGACGUUCCUGAGGCCCGCUUGUCCCGAUGGAGACGAGUACAGCAGCUCCCGUUGGCACAAGGAGUACCUGGCUACGCUUCAAAACCGUUACCGCUGGAAUCAAGCUCUCGACAACCUCGCGACGACCAAGACGGUCAAUGAGUCGAGAUGGGUUCCGUCGGAGUCUAACGCAGCAGAUGAGGCAACAAAGUGGGGAAGUGGACCCUACUUCAGUAGCGACAGCAAGUGGUUCAACGGACCGGAGUUCUUGCGCUUUCCGGAACAUGAAUGGCCGAAUUCUACGGAUCUAGUCGUGGAUACGGCCGUAGAAGUUCGAUCAUCAGUACUCUUUCACACCAUUUGGGAACCUGUGAUUGCCUACGAGCGGUUCUCUAAAUGGGAGAGGUUGCAGCGUAGUAUGGCUUACGUGCUACGAUUCAUUUUCAACGUAACCAAGAAGGGAGAAAAACGCAGUGGUCGAUUAACUCAACAGGAGCUGGAUGAUGCCGAAAAUGAAGUUCUGAAGCAGGUCCAAAGAGAAACCUUUGCAGAUGAGGUAACGAUGCUGAAGAAUAAUUAA